AUGUUCCCGGUCCUGGGUGGCCGGCCUGGCCGCGUGGCCCUGCCUCGGGGCGGGCGGGGGUCUCUGGGAGCCGAGGCGACGCCCCGGGACCGGCGGCCCGGCGCUGCUGGCUGCACACUGCAGGGCCCGCUGCUGCCCCCGCCAGGCGCGGGGCGCCCCGAGAACCCCGGGAGCUCCACGCCGCAGGCUCUGCCACUUCUGCAAAGGGAAUGGCGCGAAGCUCGAAGAAACCAAGCAGAUUCCGACCUGGCCGCCACACGGUCGCCUGCCUGUCGGGUGCUGCUGCUCCUGCCGCUGUCCCCACAGGCCUGCGCCUCCGGCUUGCCCUUCCACAAUGGCUUCUGCUACAGCGGCACCCCAGGCUGGGACCCAGGCAGCAGCCCUAGGACCGGCCUCUUCAGUAGGGUGAAGUGGGUAGUGGAGACCCCUGAGGGGACCCUGUUCACCCAUCCAGGGGCCCGGGUGACCCUGCCCUGCCGUUAUUGCUACGAGCGGCCCGUGCGGGUCAAAUGGUGGGAGCUGUCGGAGACCCAGGCCCCUGAGCAGGAUGUGCUGGCUGCCACCGGCCACAGGCAGCGCUCCUUGGGGGCCUACCAAGGCGGAGCAGGACUGUGGCAAAACACGGUGUGGGAGGUCUCUCUGGAGCCCCGGGAGGACUCGGGGCGCUACCGCGGUGAGGUCAAGGACGGGCUGGAGGGCCAGAGUGGCCUGGUGGAGCUGGAGCUUCGUUCCGUGGUCUUUCCCUACCAGUCCUCACGGGGGCGCUCCCGGCCCACGUUCCUCGAGGCCCAGGAGGUCUGCCAGGUGGCUUCCUUCCAGCAGCUCUUCCGGGCCUGGGAGGCCGGGCUGGACGGGUGCAGCAUGGCUGGCUGGCUGUGGGAGGCACCCACGCGGUACCCCAUCAUGCUGCCCUGGCUGCCCUGCGGGGACCCGGGCCUGGCCCCCGCCAUGCACAGCUAGGGACGCCGACACCUGCACCCCUUCGACGUCUUCUGCUUCGCCCCGGCCCUCAGGGGGCGGGUGUACUACCUGGAGCACCCCAGAACGCUGACCCUGACGGAGGCCAGGGAGGCCUGCCGGGAAGACGGCGCCCGCACAGACAGGGUGGGCCAGCUCUUUGCCGCUUGCGGCCUGGACGGCGGCGCUGCGGGCCGGCUGGCGGAUGAUCCCGUCGCUCACCCCGCCCCGACUGCGGGCUCCGAGCCUGGGGUCCAGAGCUUCGGCUUCCCGCCCGCACCCUCAGGGCCGGUCCUGCCGUGUCUACUGUGGCAAACUGGCCAGGCGCCGGCCGCAGCCGCCGUCCCUGCCUUCACGGACGGCCUGGUCAGUGCUGGGAAGUUGAGCCACCUGCGUGUGGGCGAGCGAGGGGGAGCGCAGAUGCGAACGGGGGUGGUGGUCGGAGAGCUCUCUCCGUUGCUUCUGUUGCGCUUUUGA